UCAGGCCCUUAGUCUAUCUAAUGUGGGCUUUGAUUUGUCACCAAAAGCUAACAAGAUUUUGAUGAGAACAUAUAAAGGGCAGCUAAAAAUAUUAUAUCACACAAUGACAAAUAUUACGUAUAUGAAAUCUAUCAUGUUAAAUCCUAAAAUACUUUAGCUAAUGGGCUUAAUUACAGUUUUGGGCUUGUGCUUUCUACUUAAACUUUGUUUCAUGUCACCUUAUAAACGGCUAGUUGUUGAUAAACGUGAAAUUUGAAUUGCUUAUCGAGCGCAGAAAAGCUUUGGUUUUAGUAUCUUUCAUGUAAGAAAACGUAACGGCGACUUUUUUACAAAAAACUAAGGUCAUCUCCAAUGAGACACAAAAAAUUCUUUUAUAUUUUACGCUAAAAUAAAAUAACUCUAUAAUAAAAAUUGAAUUUGUUCAAAAAUUCAUUCUAUAACAGAAUAAAAUAACUCUAUAAUAGAAUUGAAUUUGUUCAAAAGUUCUAUCUAUAACAGAGUGAAAUAUAGAGUAACGUUGUUUUUCUAACUUUAUAUUUGGAGUAAAAAAAAUAACAUUACUCUAUAUUUUAUUUUAUUAUAGAGUAAUUCUAUUAUAAAGUGGAUUAUUGGAACAAAUUCAAUUAUAUAGUAGAGUUACUCAGUGUUUCAAAAAAAAAAAGUAGAGUUACUCUAUCUUAUAAUAAAAUAUAUAGUAAAUUUUUGUGUAACAUUGGAGAUGGCCUAAAAUAGUUGGGUAACCAGCUUUGGGUUUAUCACCUUUGUUUACUAUGAAACCAGCGCUUACUUUAUCCUUGACAAUUUUCAUCCCCAUUAGUCUCGUCUCAUAAGUCAUAACCUUACACAAAAAAAAAAAAUUAAGAGAACGAAAACAAAAUUUCAGAUUUGACCAAAUGAAUUAUAUUUGUUUCUUGGUAAUAACCAAGAAAACAUUUAUUAACAAAAUCUGGCUUCGUUUAAAACUCGUUUCCUAAUAAAAAGAUGCGUUACUAAUAGUAUUUUUCUUUUGAAAUAAAACACACAAUAAAAACUCUGCUUUGCUUAUCUCUUGACGCCAUAUCGUCUUACAAUGGGAGACAAACAUCAGCCAUACCUUAACGGCACAUACUACGGCCCAUCGGUUCCUCCGCCGCUUAAGCCAAAUCGCCGAUACAAACCACCCGGAUGCUGCUGCUGCUUCAACUGCAUUGGAAGCUGUCUACGUUGCUGCGGUUGCUGUAUCCUAAGCCUAAUCUGCAACAUCCUCGUAGCCGUAGCCGUUAUCCUCGCCGUAACGGCAUUACUUAUCUGGCUCAUCUUCCGUCCCAACGCCGUUAAAUUGUACGUAACCGACGCUAGUCUAAACCGGUUCAGCUUGGAUUCAAACAACAACAUCAAGAUACACUACGAUCUCGAUCUCAACUUCACGGUCCGUAACCCUAACCAACGGCUCGGAGUCUACUACGAUGCGAUCCAGGUCAGUGGUUAUUACGGAGAACAGCGGUUCGGUUAUGUAGACGUUUCGCCGUUCUAUCAGGGACAUAAAAACACGACGGUUGUUGUGACAAAGAUCGAGGGACAGAACUUGGUGGUGCUCGACGACGGAGGGAGAGCUGGAGUUUACAGUAUCGAUGUGAAGCUGGUGAUGAGGGUUAGGUUCAGGUUUUGGGUGGUAAAGUCUUGGAAAUUCAAACCGAAGGUUAAGUGUAAUGAUCUCAAGGUUCCUCUCGUAUCCUCUAAUUCAACGAGCGGGUUUAAGUUUGAAACUAUGGAGUGUGAUUUUGACUUUUAUUAGCCAAACUUGCAGUUUUAUGAAUUGUUGUGGGAUUAUAUGUUGGAAAAGAAAAACUUGUGGAGUAUGUAAAGUGGUAGUGUUGGAGAUGGAGUCAUGAACAUAUACUCUUGUCUUUAAAACUUUUAUGUGACAGUCCUGCAUCACUUAGUUCUGAUUCAUGCAAUAGAUUUUUAAUUUUUUUUUUUCUGAAUAAUGAAAAACUGUUUUGCAUAAUAAUAACAACUGCUACACACUUCACUUGAAUACUUGAUCAUCUGAAUAUGUAUUUGUAACCACAUUUUAGAGAAUUGCAAAAUCAUAAUCUGCCAUGGGUACACUAUACGAUAGUACCAUAUAUGGCUAAUACUUAUAUGGAGAGUUAUGGCUACAACUCAUUUUGAAAUCCAAAGCAUAAAGUUUCCAAACUCAAUUUUGAAUAUUGUAAGUUAUUCAAAAAUUAUCAAAACUCAAGAUUAAAGUAUUGAGAAUAGAUUAGCCGAGUUAGAUGACAAAAAAAAAAAAGAAUAGCCGAGUUCACACAGGAUUUCCUAUCAGCUUGAGAUUUUGAUAGUGUCAUCAGACAUGCUUAUCAGCUUGAGUUUGUAACAAAACA